AUGUCGCAAGGGGAUAGAUUGGAUGCCGCGCGUAAUUUCAAAAUGUAUGUUGAAAAGGCAAAUAAGGACUCAACUUCUUACUCCCAUGCUCUUUACUCUUUGUGCGCGCUCACGAUUCAAAGUGCCACGGCCGCAACGACAGGGAAUCGUUUGCGUGUCCAGCAAGCAUUUAAUUACUAUCAAAAAGCAAAGGAAGCUGAAAGUAGGUACGAAUAUCUCUAUGGUCGCAAGCUUGAAAUGACCGACGUUAAACGUACGGCGGUCGCGUUUUUUGAACAGAAAAAUCAAAAAGAAACCAAUAAAGUGGAAAAAGACUCUACGAAGGAGGCCGAGAGAUUAGCGCCAAUUUUGCAGCAAUUGUUUAAAAAAUGCAACCAUUGUAACAGUCUCUCGAGAAGAAAUGCAGAUGGGGAAUUGAAUAAUGGAAAAUUGUUUGUCUGUGCUGGUUGCGGGCAUGUAAAUUAUUGUUCCAAGGAAUGCCAAAAAAAGGAUUGGAAAAAACAUAAACAACAAUGCGCAUAUCUUAAAGAGCUAACCAAAAACGGAUGA